AUAGAUCAUACUAUAACGGUGGACCAGAGGAACAUGUCUGGAUUUAAGGGCAUUAAAAAAACCUCAUUAAUAAAAAACUGUGAUUCUGAACAUCAGAAAUACAAUUGCUUAGUCAUGGUGUUAUCUCCAUGUCACAUGAAAGAAAUAAAUAUAAAAUCUGGACCAAAUUUUGGCUCUAAAGUGCCUUUAGCAACAAUUGUGGUAACUGACCAAUCAGAAAUUAAGAAGAAGAUGUUUCUGUGGAGGACUGCAGCAUUCUGGGCACUUACUGUGUUUCUUGGAGAUAUAAUUUUACUCACAGAUGUCACUAUCCAUGAGGAUCACUGGGUUGGUGAGACAGUACUGCAAUUAACAUUUACCAGUCAAUUAUUAAAUCUUGGGAGUUACUCAUCUGUCCAGCCCGAAGAAUAUUCCAGUAUGAUUAGUAAUGUUGCACUUCAAGACUUACUGGCAUAUGUAUCUUCAAAACAUUCCUAUCUCAGAGAUCUUCCUCAGAGGCAUCCUCAGAAAAUGAGCAGUAUAGAA